AUGAAAACUGUCAAGAGUAAUUGGCCUCUGAAUGAAUACAAAAAUACAAAAACCCCAUUGUUUUCAAACCACGGAUCCUUGUCGUCAAAUAUUAUUGGGAAAUAUAAAGGAGAAAAGAAGGUUGCUUCCUUAAGCAAAGGAAGGAUUAAGAGUAAAAGCAGGUUGCCUGCUUGUGAUAAAUCUCCAAAAGCACAGAAAUUUGCGAAUCGAUGAGUCAUGUACAAUCAGAGUAAAGAAAAUUCAAAGUCUUUUGUUAGAGCUAAAACGCCAAACUUAGGCUAUGUUGAUGAUAUGGUGAGCAGAAAUAGCUUUUCUAAACCUGAGAGACCUCAGAGAAUUCCAAGAGAUCGCAAAUCUAUCAGAAACAAGCAGAAAGAGAUUGAUAGUAAUCAUGAUUCAGAGAAAUUAGCAAGUCCUAAGAAGAGAUCUGGCAAGAAAGCAUUUAAAAUUUCUCGAUCACCUCACCACCCAAGCUCAGGGAAAAAGGUGCACAGCCCUUUCUUCAAUAACAGUGAUGAGAAGAAAUCAAAGAAGGUUAAAAUACACCAACCUAAGUUUGAACAUGAUUCUGAGAUGGAAGAAGAGCCUCGAACUCAUGUUCAUUUCCAUGAACCAGACAAAGAGAAUGUCGACCACAAUCUCACACUUGGUAGAAUCAAGGAUUAUCAGGAUGAAUUGGAGAAAGCCAAAAAGACAAAGUUUGAACUCAAAGACACUAUAUAAAGAAGCUGAUGGAGAGUCAUCUCGCUGAGAAGAAAAGGAUGGUCGAAAACUUUGAAAAAGAAACUGAAAAUUACUUCAAAUACUACCAGUUCUACCACGACAACGAACAGAAGCUUAAACAGAUGACUGAAGAUACUACAAGCUUGAUGGCUGAGAAGAAGGAGAUGGAAGACAAGAUACAUAAACUUCAGGUUGAAGUAAUCAAGGCUAAAGCUGUGAAGGAAGAGACUAAAUCAACUUGAAAAUGAGAAGAGUAUGGUCGCUUUUGAAAUAGGCUCAAAGCUAAGUUCAUGGACUCCCUUCAUGAGAUCAUGCGUAAUGAUAAAUCUGACCAGCUCAAGAUUGCUAAUUGUCAAAGAGUAGUUGUGAAUACUUUAAAUGAAGUAAAGUCUUUCCUUGAAGGGGGAGAUUAUGAGCAGAGUAAGCCACAAGGUCAUGAAUCAGUCGCUAUACCUGAGAUUAAGACUUACAGCACUGACAAUGAUGACGAAUUAAUUCGAACAGUAGAAGAAGCUUUGUUGAUUGUCAGAAAUGAUAGUUGUAAGAAGACUCAUUUUAAAUCUCAGAGGUCAUUAAGUUCUUUGGGGAUAAACAAAUCCCCUGAGCCUCAUAAUUCACAUAAAGGACGCUCUCCAGAAUUUAUGAAUAAUGCUAAAUCAAAUAAUAAUUUGUACGAAUCACAACUUCGAAGAAGUGCUAAUGAAAUAAAGGAAACUUCUUUUCAAGAUGGCAUUAACGAGAGUUUCGGAAAAGCUCAACCUGAAAGCACUAAGAACCAAGAAAUCAAAUACACAGUUGAAUUUCUCGGUAAAAGCCACUGAGAUGAAAGCCAAGAAUCUGAGGAAGCAGAAUCUGAGAUAGAAUCUUAUGAAGACUAUAAAGGCAUCUCAAUAGAUCAAACCUCUGACGAUGAUACACUGGUAGAUAACGUAAUUAAUAAAAUCACGACUGUUGGCAACAAAGGGAGAACAAACGAGAGAUAUAAACAAGAGACUGGAAUGAAUGAUUUUGAAUUCACGAAUGAAAAUAUCUUCACAAAGAGUAAUGAUCUGUUCUGACCAAUUUCAAGCCGGGAUUCUACCUUGGAUAAGAUCGAAACUGAGAGCCAACAGCAGAGUAGAUUCAAUCUUCCUUUACAAGUUGAAAACAAGAAGAAGCUUAAUGAUGAUAUUGAACUCGCAGUCUGUCUAUUUGAUUUUAAACCCCAAAAGAAAACAGAUCUAGGCUUUAAAGCAGGGGAAAGAAUCAAAAUCGUUAAAAGAAAAGAGCAUGCAAAUUGGUGGUUCGGGUCAAUCGGCUCAAGAGAAGGGUAUUUUCCUAAAAACUAUGUCAAACUUAAGAAAAUACCUAAGUAA